CUUCCUAUGCUAAAUAAUUAUGGUAAGAAUUCAGCAUUUAGGAACACAUUCUGGUCUCAGUUGUACCCCUGCAAAAAGCUGCUUGUGUUUGCUAAGAUCAAAUCCUGCAGUAAAUACAGUGGGAUCAUAUCUUUGAAUCCCAGUGCAUCCCAAAGUUGACCCAACAGCCAAAUUCAGAGGGUGACCUUGUGAUGUCAGGGAAGCUGGACAAAACAACCUCCUUGAGUCUUUAAGGCCUGUAUUUACAAACACUGACUGAGGUCUGUCUUCAGUAAUGCUGAUUGAAAAUCUGGAAGAGUCUUACUGCAAAAAGGUGGCACUUUCUUCUGUAACUUAGUGGUUCCUGAGCCAAAGAAAUGCCAGUGAAUCUGGUAUUUGAUAACCCGUGAAAUUGUAUUGCUGAUAGCGAAGGAGCAACAGGUGGAAAGUGGUGACUACCUGACCAGUCCCUGAUGUCUGAACAGUAGAAACCUUUCAGCUGGCAUUUAGGGAAUGAUGAGAAAGUGGAGAUCAAGAGACCGCUGUCAGUCAUCUCCCACUGAUGCCCUCUUCUCUGCUGCCAUAACCAUGCCAAGAGUAUGUCAUGUUUCCAGAGAUGGGUGGUUUCCAGGUGUCACCAGGAUGAGGAAAAAGAACUGAGCAACCACCACAAGUAGACAUUUGUGCUGGGCUUACCUGUCUAAUUUAGAUUUUGCCUGAGAUAAUUUUAUUUUUAUUGACCCUGAGUUCAGUAUUUGGGAGCAAGCCCUACAUGCUGUGGGACAGGAGAAUGUGCUGCCGCAGCUCACCCCCUCCUGGGGUGGUGAAGCUGGCAGAAGGAUUUAUUCUAUGGAAAGGACCAGAACAGGCACCUUUGAAGUAGCUGCUAAUCCGUGUAACCACGGAAAUUUUUGAGAAGGCUCCUUGGAGACCAUGAGCAGACCACUAAGUAAAUACUCCGGGGUAAGCUGCCAAAUCUCCCCUCUGCAGUUGGCACCACAUAUGUGGCCAUGUCUCCACUGCACUGGCUGCCACACCACAGCCAUGGGGCCUUGUGCCAGGACCUGGCAGCCUUCCCUCAGGGUGUUCUCCUUGGAGAUGGGCUCUGUGACCAAACAUUCUUAACCUUGGAGCAGCCCGGAGAGAGAACGCAGGCAUUCAUUGCUCAGCAGGUCAUGUCACUUCGUCCAAAUCUUCACCAGCAGUAUGUGCAGGCCUGCCAAAACUUGGGCCAAUCUGAAAACCCCUUCAUUGCUCACAUGCUUCAGGAAGCUGAUAAAAAUGAUGAAACAUGGUCAAAUGGGAUCACAAUAAAAAUAGCUGGAAAUAAUCAUCUAGUGCCUGUGCAAAGAGUUACAGAUGACAAUCUUCAAGCUCUCACUUCUGUCUUACACAAUACGGCAUUUGUUACAGGUUUGGAUCUUAGAUUUAAUGUAUUGACUGAUGCUGGAGGAAAGCACAUGGCAAAAUUCCUUGAGAACAACUCCACUCUGCGGUACCUGAACCUGAUGCUUAAUGAUAUUGGCACAAGGGGAGCGGUGCUGAUAGCAGAAGCACUCCGUAAGAAUAAAACACUUCUAUAUUUGAGAAUGACUGGAAACAAAAUAGGAAGACAAGGUGGGCUCGCCUUUGCCACAAUGCUACCGUCUAAUUCAACCUUAGAGAGGCUGGAUCUUGGAGACUGUGAUUUGGAUACGGAGUGUCUAAUAGCCCUGGCAACAGCCCUGAAUCUGAACCAAUCAGUCAAAGCAAUAAACCUAAAUCGUCCUUUACUACACAGCCAAAGGGAAGAGACCACAGUUCAUGUAGCUCUGACAUUGAAAAUUAACUCUUCUCUUUUGGAACUACACUUGGGCAAGCAUGAAAUGAAAAACUUUGGUGUACAGCAACUGUGUGAGGCGCUGUAUAUGAACUCCACCCUGAGAUACCUUGAUCUUAGCUGUAAUAAAAUUACCUGCGAUGGUAUAAAAUUUUUGGCAAAACUAUUAGAAUGGAAUGAAACCCUGCAAAUCCUAGAUCUGAACGCAAACCGAAUAGAAGAUGACGGAGCCAUCUACCUGAGUGAAGCCUUGGCGUCGUACAACAACACUCUUCAGGCGUUGUCAGUAACAAGCAACAAUAUAUGUGGCAAAGGACUUUUAGCUCUUUCAGAUGCAAUGAAAAGAAACACAGAACUUUCUUAUAUUUACAUCUGGGGGAACACAUUUGAUGAAGCCACCUGCAUGGCAUAUUCAGAAUUACUUCAGACAGGCCGCCUGAAACCUAACUGUACAGAUGUGGAACCGUUUGAAGUGGAUGGGCACAUUCACCUUGCGGAGCUCUCCCAUGGCCUCAAGAAGCAUUACUACUGGACACCCAGUUUUGGGGAGGAGAUGGACAAAGACGCUAAUGCCAGUCUGGCGAUUGCACCUGUUUCAGAAAACCUGUGAGUGAGGCAGCAGCUCGAUGCACUCCCUGUGCUUGAGGUUUUCCUAUCUGGUUUCUAGUAAAAUGGAUUAAUCAGUAUCAAAGUUGCUGCAUGUUGUUUCUUCAGGGUCUUUAGAAGGAAACUAAAAGCACUCAAGGGGGCAUUGGAGAAAAAAUAUCAAACCAGUGACCUUAAAAUUUGUUGCUAAAGAUGCCCAAGCUACUAGCAGCCUUAAUUUUGCUGCAGUUAUUUCUAUUGUACACUAUCUCCUUUGCUUUACCACGGUUAGAUGUAGUUCCAGGGUUCCCAGGUGAUGGGUGAAUUUAAUAAAAUGUGAAGAGGAAAAUCAUUUUCACCACGGCACAGUGCACUAGGAGUGACACUAGGUGUUCAUAGCAGCAACAGGGAAUAGAACAGUCACUGGCACAUAAGCAAUUUGUGCAGCAGCACAAACGCAUGAACUGAACUCCCAGCAGCUGACCUGUUCUGCUCUGUUUAGGACACCUUCUCAGAUCAGGAUUUUUAUCAAGGGCUUCUUAUCUCAUAAAGAGGCAGGGGCUGGAUCAGAGCAGCAGCAGCGCCUGUGGAUGAAGUUCCAUGAUCACAGGGUCCUCUCCCGCAGCAGCAGAGCUCUCAUUGUCCUUCCCAGGCUACAGUCUCUGCAGGCCUGUGUCCACAUAGCCGGGAGAGCCCACUGGGAGUGAAUGUUAUUGCACCUCUGCAGGCUGGAAUGCAGCCAGGCAGAUCAAACCGACAAAAACGGACACCCAGGAGUGCUGCUGGGCACCAGCUUUGCCUGGCAGUAAAUCAGAUAUGCUUUAAAAAAUGGUUCCUGUUAAAGCUGAGAGGUUUGGGUAAACCCCUUUGUUGCUACUGUUCUUUAUAUACUCUCUCCUUUGACUUAGCAAUGCUGUGCUUUUGUUCUGUUUUGUUUUUUUAAAACCAAGUUAAAUGAACUUAAGUGUUUCACAACCAUAACACUGGAACUUUAAAGUGAGCAAACUGACUUUACUGGUAUAUAAAUGGUAUUUUGAUGAA